AGGUUAAGAAAACAGUUCAAGAUUCUGGGCUUUAUAAAUAAGAGCACAGAACAUAAUAGCAAGCAAUUUUGAUAAAAUCAAGGGCCUUUGAUAAAAUACUGGCUCAAUCACCAUGAGUAGUGAGCCUGAACAUCUGACUGAACAUUUGCCCCCCACUUACUACUUUGUUGUGGCCACAACGGGUAGACUGCUGAGUUUGCAGCUAUUUCUACACUGCUAAGCCAUUAUCAGGCUGUGUACAGGUUACAUCACCAACUGCUGACUGCCCAAGCUAAGAAUGUGAAUUGCUUUUGGAGCCAGACAUUCAGCUGAAAUUCAGUGUCCAAAGCAGGCUUUGGUUACCAGUUCUUGCAUCCACCUCAAGCCUCAUUUCUUGCCAAAAUACCCAACAACCUAGCUGAGGAAAAAGAUGAUUGUUGUCUCUUCUUGGUAUCACAAGCCUUUAGAGUUAAUGAAGGUGAUGUUAUUAAUAUACAGUCCACUCUGAAUGGAUUAACUAGCUGCCCACUUCCAACCAACUGGCACUUCAUCUACCAUUCUAAAUACAGAUGCUUUCCACUGCCCAUUUGAUACGGCUGCCAUAGGUAUCAUCAUGAAAAUGAAAGUAACAACUCACCAAGGUUGUUAACAGAGCACAGCCCAAAAGCUGAAAUCUCUACCAUGGGCAAAGGAUGCAAAGACAUCACUAUCUGCAAAUAUGCUAGAAACCGUACACUAUCCUGAUGGAAAUUUAUUGCUACUGCUACACCAUCAUUUUGUCCAUAUCUUGGCUUGAAAUUGGGUCUAACCAAUGGCAGGCUCAAGUGACUGAAGUUCAAGGAGAGUGAGUUGGGCAGUAGAUGCUGGUCUUGUCAACAAUGCCCACAUUUCAUUCAUAAAGAAAAAUACCAUAGUACAGAAAGAUAUUAGGGUUUUACAGUGAGUGGAGAAAAGAAUUAAUGACAUGAGGAAUUGCAGGAAACAGGAUUUAGGAUUGUGAACAGAAAGUUGGGGUUCUUCUUAAAGCAGUAAUGGAACACAAAAGAAUUAUUUAAAAUCAUAACACAUUUAAGAAUAAGGAACAAAGUCAUAGAUUGAAGGUAAUUGGCAAAAUACAAAGGCAAGAUGAGAUUAUUUUUAUGUAAUGAGCUGCUGUAUCAGAAAGGACUGGCUGGAUAGGUGGUGGAAGCAUUUUAAAAAUAAUUUACACAGAGAAUUUGGAUAAACACACUUGGAGGAUUUGGAGUUUGAUAGGGUGAGAUAACCGGAAUAAUUCUCUGGAAGAACUGGCUAGAAAUAAGCCAGGUUGCCUGCAGCACUCAUUUAAUACUUUGAAGCCAGUGACUGAUAAGGUUCAGUCUACUGACCUUCAGAAGUCAGCUACCAUGGGGAUAAGAUACACAGUUCAAACAUGAUGAAAGCAGUAUACAUAAUGACAUACAGACACUAGGGAGCGAUUACAACACUAAAUUAAUGAGUAAUCAGCAAACAAUUCAAGCCAAAGGUAGGAACAGCUUCUUCCACUCUGCCAUCUGAUUUCUGAAUGGACAUUCAACCCAUGAACACUACCUCACUACUUCAUUAUUUCUAUUUUUGGCACUAAUUAUUUAACUAUUUGAGAUGUAUGUAUACUGUAAUUCAGUUUUUUGCUCUAUUAUUAGGUAUUGCAUUGUACUGCUGCCACAAAGUUAACAUAAUUAUGUAUGCCAGUCAUAUUAAACCUGAUUUUGAAAGGAAACCCACCCAGAUGAAUUGCAGAGUACAAAUCUAGUGCCCCUUGUUACAAACUAUGACUGAACUGUGAUUGUUCUCCUAAAAGCAAAGGGAUUAAAUGUAAUUGAGAUAUUCAAAGAUCAGCAAAGGAUUUGAUAAGAGAGCACACAACGUGAAACUAUGCAUUGUCAGAAGGAAAAUUAGUUAUUGUAGAAAGGCUUUGAAAAAAUUUUGGGAUUUAGUGCUUGGAAAGGAUGGUGGAAGUAGAUUCAAUAAAUGAGGGAUUUGGGUAAUACAUGGAAGGAAAAAUAUACAGGAUUAUGGAAAAAGAUAAGGCUACUGGGAUUUAUUGGAUAAUGCUAAUAAAGCAGCAGUGAUACAUCAUUAAUGUGAACCAGAGGUAGGAAAAUAUUCACUUUCAAUUGAAUCACUUGGGCCUGGGUUUCUACUUUUCUGAUCAGCCUGUAUGUUAAAUUUUAUGACAUGCUUUGCUAUUUUUUCAUCCAUCUAUCUCAUUACUUGCUUGAAUAUUUCAGUCAUGCAGUCUUCAAAUUAAACUGGCAAGCUGGAUUGAAAAUUCACUGUGUGGGUAGGGAUUUUAGUUUGUGGUGGGCUUUAGUGGAGUUUUGUAUCAGGAGCUCCCUUUUAUGAUAUGCAUCCAGUUGUGAUGUCGGGAGGAAAUCUUGUUGCUGAUUAGUUGCGUGACAAACUUGGUGCAUUGUUGUCUGGAAUUAUGCCUGCAUUGGCUCAUAAGUAGAAGCCAAGUCAACAUGUUUGUUUACAGAAUUGUUCGUGGAAAACUACGCUUCUAGGAAUUCUCUUGCAUGCUGUACAUUUACUUGCACCAUGACUUUAACUGAUGCCUGGUUGAAUUUGAGCCUCUCUCGAUCUUCACAUCGCAACUGAGUUUCCGAAAAGACGACCAAUCAGCCGAAUGACAAGUAUAUAAUGGCCAAGCAUUUGGACGACACACAAUUAACAGCGUACUGAUGAUGGCUCCCUUCCUUUCCAGUUCCGAAAAAGAGUCUUGGCCCAAAACAUUGAAUUCAGUUUCAUAGAUGCUACCUGACCUGCUGAAUUUCUGUGGGAUUUUCUGUGUUGCUUUGGGUUUCUAGCAUCUGCAGAAUUUCUCAUGUUCAUGAUCUAAAGUGAUGACAGAGUAAUAUCUCAAUGCCUCUCCUGAAAGCUGAAUUGACAAACUCAUAGCUUGAUAUGUGACUGAUACAUUCAGAUCGUAAAUGCUUUGGGUGGUGACCCUCGUGUUGUUGGCACAGGGCUCUUCAUUCUAUCCCCGAAGCAGCACUAUACUUGGCUAUAACUUCUUUACAGUUUAAGAACCUGUUGAUACUCAUUGUUCAUGCCAACACAUCAGGGGUGGCUGCUUGGAGCAGAAGGUGAACCAGAACCCACUGAACUGUACAUUGUUCAAAGGGAGGGCAGACAGGAUAGAAAUCUGCCACCUGAUUGAGAUAGAAAGGAUUAUGGAUACAAGAAUUUGAAGCAACUAACUCCAAACUGCUGGAAGAACUCAUCAGGUCAGGCAGACUUUAUAGAGGUGUAAGGGGUUUCUUCUUUCAUGUUACUGCGAAGGUUAACAAAAUUGCUUCUUUGUUAUGUUAUAACUAAAAUGGCUUUUCUGUAAUAAUAACUGCGAUGUAAGGAGUUCUCUCUCUCUCUCUCUCUGCUUGUUUGGGUUAUAUUAUUGAUAAGAGAGAGAACGAACCAAUUGGGAUAGAUGUUAUUCUUUCUUGUGUGUCUGUAAGCUAUUUUUGAGGCAGAAAGCGCAAUGGGGACAGAGAGAGGAGAUGUGAUGCUGUGACCCUGGGCGGCGGGACCGACCCUGAGCGGGAGUCCGAGACCCAGGGUCUUCGGCGAGGAGAAGAGACGAAGACAGACUCGUGUGGAGCGUCUGGUCAACCACCGUGGCUGGUCCCAGGUGGCGGGUCGAGGGGGUCGGAGGGGAUCGAAUGGUGGAAAGACGACUCCAUUAAUCGAGCUCCGACUGUUGUGCACAAGAUCGGGUUACCAGACCACAACUUCUCCAGGAUAUUCAUUAUCUUUUUCAAGACCCUUCGUAAUAAUUAAACUUUUGAAACCUACUGGUCGUUACAAAAUGUCUGUCAAAUCGCCCAUCUAUCUCAAAACUGUGUUGACUAAAAAGGGCAAGAAGCCAAAACUGCGUGAAGUCCUAUCAGCAGACAUGAUCAGCCCACCUCUGGGAGAUUUUCACCACAAAUUGCACAUUGGCAGGAGAGGAGAGGGUGAUACGUUUGGAGAUCUGUCCUUCCUACAAGGCCAGGAUGACCUUCUGUCCUCCAUGAGUACAUCGAAAGAUCCAAGGGACGUGGCACCCCCUAAACCCCCUCGACUACACCUAGGAGAGCCCAAUGACACAACUGCUGUCAAUUCUACACAGGCAACCUCUGAGUCUCCAGAUAACCAACCACCAACUCUUUACUCACCCUCCGUACAAUACCACCUGCUGGAGGCAUCUGAGGAAGCCCCACCAGAUGACAAGCAGAUAGAUGACAAAGACCAGCAACGAACUGAAGGUGAAGGAGGAUGGGAGUGCUCAGCUCAGAGAGGAAUGGAUGACUCUCAUUCAAGCCCUUCUGAAUAUAUGUUUCAAUUUGAAUUGGAUUUGGGGCCUUCGAUACUGGAAGAUGUUCUCAAAAUAAUGGAUAAUCACAAAUCCAUAACAUCGCAGCAGUAACGCUACACUGACUGCUUGACUUUAAGAUGGUGAAUUAAAAGUCUUCGGAUAUUGAACACAAUAGCAACAAUUUGCCUUAGGCAACCAAACCUAUCCAAGGAGAACAAAUUAAUAAAUAGUGAUUGAAAUUCUGAUUAAAUAUAUAGAUAUGAUUGACUCCUUAGACUCAUCUGCAAUGAGAUUUGCAAAGCAGGAUUUCAGCAUUGUAUACUGAGCACACUUUGAUUCCUCCUCCAGUUAUCGUCUUCAUUAAAGUAGCUGGAAGUAUGGUGACAUAGCAACAGAGACACAGAAGUAAAACACUUCAACAGAAUUUUUUUUCAUCUUCUAAAUAAAGUCUAACCAACAGAAAGACUUAAAUCCACAGUUUCAUUCAAAGAUGAAAUAGAGUAGGGAAAAAGACAUGCCAAAUUGGAAUUGCAUACAAAGCACUUCAAAAAAUUAGGUUCAGCCAUGGAGUUAGCACAGUGCAGAGAAAACUUUACCUUCUAUAUUCGAAGCGUAUUGCUUACUGAUGUCAUCACACCUGCCAUAAUUAAAUAGUGCUCAAAUUCCUCUGUUUUCCUUCAUAUUACUUAACAUUAUUUCAGUCCUGUUCUAAUAGUUUGGUGAAAUAGGUUGAAAGGCCUCCAGUUCCUAUAUUCCAGAGCCAAUUAUAGCCCCCCUCAAAGUUGCGUAAAUAACAAUGUGGCUUAUACCAUACUUCCCUUUAAAAAAAAGUUAAUAUUCCAUUAAACCAAUGCUCCAAAGGCAAAAGGGAAAACAACAGGAACACCAGGAUUCAGAAAAUAAUGAUACUCACUUCAGAAAAGGCACACAAAAGAUGUACUUUUAAUAUAUUUAAGUACUAAUGAUAAGAGCUGCACCAGUAACAAAAGGGUGCCAAUGAGUUAAUGGGCUACUGUAAGUUACCUAUUAACACAGGCAGUAGCAGAAUAAAAACACUUAAUGAGCAGGUGAGAGGAAUAAAUUGCAGUGUUACAAGGAAAUGAGGGAAUGGGAAUGAGACUGAUAGAAUUGUUCUAUUGGUAGCUGACAUGGAUCUGUGUCAUAAUAAAUAAAUAUUUUCUCAAAUAUUGCAAAGUUUGCUGCUGAAAUAUUGUAGAACUGAUGGUGAAAUUAAAACUAGUCCACACCUUGCUCCACAUGUCCAGUUAUAGAUUUAGAUACACUGCCUACCAAAGCACCUGCCUAGUACCCUGGGGACCCUGAUCCUUUCUAUAGCGCACACAGGACCUCUAGUGGUAGAAGAGCUGUCAUGGUAGCAGAUAGCUCAGUCCUGCAUUGUUUCUCAUUCCAACUCUGUCCUCAAGACAUGCACAAACUCCCUCCUCUUCUCACAUUAUUUAUUAUUACAUUUUUCAGAGGUUAAUUUAAAGAUUUGAAUCUGUAUUAAAUAUCACUAUAAUACUAUGUAAAAAUGGUGAUUCAAAUAAACGUAAAAAAAUUCAAGCUUUUAUCGUGCAAAGUCAAUUAUUUUUCCACACCAAAGUCGACAGAGGCAAGGGAGAUGCAGGUGAUGAUAUGGUGAUGACAAAGUUGAGGUUAUUAGUCUAGAAAUACAGGAUACCAUGUGUUCUCUGAAUUAACAAUGCUUAAUCAAAAUGUUGGAUCCAAAGCUCUUCUAACAAUGCUACACUUUCCUAGCCCUGUUCAAUUGCAGAAGUCUUGAAACUUUGAGUCCACAACCUUCAGACCGACUUGUCGACAUUGAAUCUGUGGUCCCCUUGACCUGAAGCACAAAUUUUCCUUCUGCACCAAGCUCAGGUAUACUGUAUACAGCACAUACAAUUUCAGUGUGCCUCAUGCAUACAGUAUGAAUUCAGCCAGAGACUCAUUCCACCGAGAUGCAACACAGAGCGUCAUAGGAAGUCAUUCCUGCCUGUGGCCAUCAAACUUUACAACUCCUCCCUUGGAGGGUCAGACACCCUGAGCCAAUAGGCUGGUCCUGGACUUAUUUCCUGGCAUAAUUUACAUAUUACUAUUUAACUAUUUAUGGUGCAACUGUAACGAAAACCAAUUUCCCCCGGGAUCAAUAAAGUAUGACUGUGACUAUGACUAUGAUGAACCAACAGUACUACUGGAGAUGCAGCCUUUAUCAUAUUGAUGAGGAAUUCUACCCUUGAACUAAUUGUGAAAUUUUCUGUUCCUCUUAAUCCACUGAAUUUGCUGUGAUAUCAGGCACCAAGUCUAUGUUACUAAAGCACUUCUCAGAUAUUCAGGUGCAUGUAGAUCCUUACAAAGUUUUCCUCCUUUUUAUAGGCCAGAAGUAAAUGAGGAGCAUUCUGAGAGUUUUCAAAUCAGAAUCUAAUUGUAUAACAGCCUGAAAUAUCCAUCAGUUACUUUGUGGCUCAGGAUGUUUGCCCUGGUGUUGGUGAACUGGUGUAUUCCAGACCUUAAUUGCUCACUAAAUUCCACAUAUCAACACCACACGUCCUGCCAAAGAGUCCCAGCCUGAAAUGUCGACUGUACUCUUUUCUAUUGAUGCUGCCUAGCCAAGGCUGAGUUCCUCCAGUGUUUUUUGUGUGUUGACCACAUAUCAAGAACCAGUACUUCAGCUAACAAUUCACAGCCCCCGUAGCAAUAACAAGACUACAAGCUCACUGGGUGAACAACCUUAGCUCAACUAUAAAGACAUCAAAAUGCAUACAUCAGAAUGCUCUUAUCCACUGCAGCUCAGCAUUCAAUAACAUCAUUCCCACAAAACUAAUCAACAAGCUUCAAGACCUUGAUCUCAAUACCCAAUUGUGCAAUUGGAUCCUCGCUUUCCUCACUUGCAGAUCCCAGUCAGUUUGGACUGGCAACAACAACUCCUGCACGACUUCCAUCAGUACAGGUGUACCAUAAACCUAUGAGCUUAAUCCCCUGCUCUACGCACUAUGUGGCUAAACACAACUACAAUGCCAAAUUCAGGUUUGCUGAUGACACCACUGUUGUGAGCCAAAUCAAAGGUGGUGAUGAAUCAGCAUAUAGGAGAGAGACAAUGAUAUUAUAACAACCACCUCUCACUCAAUGUCAGCAAGACCAAGGAACUGAUUAUAAACUUCAGGAGAGGGAAACCAGAGGUCUAUAAGCCAGUUCUUAUCCGAGGAUCAGAGGUGGAGAGGAUUAGCAACUUUAAAUUCCUAGGUGUUAUUAUUUUGGAGGAUCUGUCCCGGACCAAGCAGGCAAGUGCAAUUAUGAAGAAAGCACGGAAGCUUUCUUUGGAGUUUGCAGAGAUUCAGCACAUUAUCUAAAACUUUGACAAACUUCUAUAGAUGUGUAGUAUAGAAUAUUACUGGUUACAUCACAGCCUGCUUUGGAAACACGGGGGCACUUGAACGGAAAAUCCUACAAAAUGCAGUGGGUUUGACUCAGUUCAUCACAGGUAAAUCCCUCCUAACCGUUGAGCACAUCUACAUGAUCGCUGUUGCACUAAAGCAACAUCCAUCAUCAGGGACCCUCACCACUAUGGACAUGCUCUCUUCUUGCUGCUGCCAUCAGGAAGGUGGUACACCAGCCUCUGGACUCACACCACGAGGCCCCUGAACCAAAGGCGAUAACUUCAUUCAACUUCACUUGCCUCAUCACUGAAAUGUUCCCACAACUAAUGGACUCACUUUCAAGGACUCUUUAUCUCAUGCUCGUGGUAUUUAUUGCUUAUUUAUUUAUAUUAUUGUUUCUUCUUUUGCAUUUGAACAGUUUGUCGUCUUUUGCACUUUGGUUAAAUGUCCUAGCUGGGUGGUCUUGCAUUGUUUCUAUUAUAUUUAUUAUUCUCUAGAUUUGUUGAGUAUGCCCACAAGAAAAUGAUAUAUGGUGACAUAUGUACUUCAAUAAUAAAAUUUACUAAGAGCUUUUCAUUUCAGAAUACUGCAACAUCUUAUGGUGCUCAAGCAUUAAAUUCUACCAGAGCAGAUUGCAUGCUCCUCCAAACAUUCCAUCACUGGUUCUGGAGUAAUGCACCUGAGGUGAAUAGGCAAGGCAAGAGAAGGGCAAUAACAUUUCAGGGAGCAUCAUCCCAUGGUGGCCUCAGUGAAGAUGGAUGAUGCAAGCUAAAGUCUGGGUUCAGGAGAUUAAUAAUAGUUGCAGGCAAAGCUCCAAGUGAUUACAAUUCAAGUAUGUGCUUCACUGUAAUGUUGGCACACUGAUUAACUGCUGAAUGCUUCACAGAUGAAUCUCACACGACUUCCCUGUCUGCACAAUUCUAAUAGAUGUCCGCAGAGAAGCAUCAGCAGUGGGAAUAAUAACUGAUUUUUUUCAUUCCCAAACUCAGGACGUUGUGAAAUAUUGUUGCAGGUUGGAACUCAAACCUGGAGUCAUCUUCUUUGCGUCCCCUGCGAACCCACUGGAAAAACUCAGCUGCCAUCAGGGAAGUCUGAGAGAUGCAAAUUAUAUACCUCAAAGUUCAGUGGUUGCAUAGUUGGUAGGACAUGACUCUGGGUCAAAGGCUGUUCUAGUUCCAGUCUUACUCCAAAACACAUCAUUUAGGCGACAUUCCAGUUCAGUAUUGAGAAAUUACAUCAUGUCUGUUUUACUUCAGUGUCACUUUUCCAGAUCUCCCAAUAUCUAAAAAUCAGUUGAUCUGUGUUUUGGAUAUAGAGAACUGAGCCUCCAGGGUACAGAAUUGCAAGGAUCUGGUCCUCUCCAAGGCCUACCACUUACUCUGAAUCUGAGAUCCUUAUUUUUUAGACAUUCCAGUCAGGGGAAACAGCAACUCCGCAUCUACCUUAUCAGGCUCUAGUAAGAACAGUCUACUGUAAUGAGAUCCCCUCUCAUUUUGCUAAUAUAAAUUUAGACGAGUUAAUCUCUUCUCAUAUGAAAAACCUGCCAGCCCAGGGGUCAAUCUGGUGAAGCUUUGCUACAUUCCUAUUUCAAGCACGUAUAAGUAGAACAGACUAGUGUAUAGUUUGAGAUGUAAUCUCAUCGUUGCCUUUUAUACUCAAACCUUGUCACAGCAAAAGCCAUAUCCCAUUUUCCAAAUUGUCAAGCACUCCAGAGUCUGAAGUAAUCCUACCUGGUAUCCUGAACAUCAGUUAUUCCUCAACUAUUGAGUUAUAUGGUCACUUUAUGAAAGGCCUUGCUGUAAGCAAAUGGAUACUCAAGUUCCAUGUAUAGUAACACUGACUAAUCUUCAGAAUUAUUCAGCACAGGCAUUCUGAGAUCACGAAAGACACUGUCAAGCUUUUGUUUUGAGAAGCAAUUUUAUAACAAUACAGGUAAAUUGGCCUCUUCUGAAAUUGUUUGAAAGAAUAAAUGGCAAGAUAUUUUGACCAGCAGGAUGUCAUUUAAGGAGAUAUUUGGAAAGAUGUAACCAAUGAAAUUAUGAACUGAAGUGAAUAGGAAGUGAUCUGGUUCACUGGUUAUAUGAGCUGAUCGUUAUAAGUGCACACUUCUCACUUGACAUGCAUAGUCUAUACUUUUAAGCAAGACUGACAGAUACUGUUUUAUUUCUUGGCCAAGUAUCCUUGAAAGGCACCAUGGAAAGAAUUAUUUUGGAAAUUGUUUCCAUGUCACAGUGUACCCCUUACAUCUUUGUGAAGAUUCUGUAAUGACUGGGCUGAGAAAUUCUUAAAAAAAAACCCGAUGGACUAAAUUUAACCACUUACAGAAACAAAUUCCUGAAAUAAUGCUGGCUCAUCAAUACAAGAUGAGCUGAUUGCUCAGUCUGGCAGCCUGACAUAUCAACUUCAGCCGGCAGGCAUGUUCUCUGAAAUAAGUUAUUUCAAAUCCCAAGUAAGAAAGCCAAUCUAAUCCCAUUCUGCAUCCUGCAUCUUGCUGUCUCCUAAACCACCAGUCCCACACACUGUAUGCUUAAUUACUGGAGUAUUUCCUUCCCAAACCAAAGAACAAACCCCAGGGAAUACCGUAGGUUCGAUGUGCGUUAGUCAGUGACUGUAAGGAGUAAACCAACUUAACUCCUUGCAUCCCUCCUGAAUCAUUGGAUUUAAUUUUGCCUUGAGCGGCUGACUAACCAAUUGUAUUGGCACCAAGCAGCAUAUCCAUCCUUUUUGUGUAAAUAUGGCAACAUCGGGGGGGGGGGUGAAUUUAAAAACAGCAAUGUUGACUUUAAAAAAAAAUCGAGAUUAUCGUGCUUAUACCAUAUACUUGAAGUUGCUUACCACCAUUGAUCAACUGCAGAAAUACACUACUGGAAGGCAUGCCAGUAAAUAGCUCCCAGGUAGUUCAUAAGCAUAAUGAAAAAUGAUUGAUGGUUAAGUGUAACGGCAUAACUGUAAGCUCACAUAGAGAUUAGCAUGACAGCUGUACAGCAACCUGAGUUUCUCCCUUGCAGUUCACAAUGUAACCAGAAACUCCAGGCAAAAUGACUGCCCUGUAAUCACUUCCAGCUUUCAAUUACUCUCUAAAGGCUUUAUACCAGCACAUGGGAAAUACAAGGUCUGUUUUGAGUAAUGGAUUUGUAGGCCUCACUGAAAACUUAAGUAACUCCAAAUGCAAUCACACAGUAUGAGUGGAACAAAAACAGGAUGAGAAGCAUUUACCUCAACUGUUCUGGUUGCUUAUAUUUUAGUUGGUGAUGUUGUGUUACUUACUCGAACCUACUCAACUUGCAGAACACAGCAGUUCCACCCCCCACCUUGGCUAACGAUUGGGAGGCAGACAAUAAUAACUUGGCAACACCACUACCUCCAUUAUGAGUUUUCCUGUCUCACUUGUAGGGGUAUGGCCUAUCCUUCUCCUGGCCUGUCUUUACUUACUGCUAAUCAGAUUAGGGGGUGGAAGAGGAAGCAAUGAGAUUGCUUCUGGGCAUAAACAUUAGACAGCCAAAAUCAAACACCAUCAAAUCAGAUUGGCAGAUUAUUUUUGUAGUCAAGACUUAACUCUCAGCCAAAUCUCCAUUAUCUUCAUUCUCUGGCUGUUCUUAUUUAACAUGUUAAUGAGCGCUUUAUCAUUUACUGCUGCUAUGAUCCUGUGAUGGUUUUCUCUUUCACUUGCUUCUUUAAGCUAAAUAUUAUUUCUCAACAACUCUUAAAUUUCCUGCAACAAAAGCAUCUCUUCUUCAGCUUGGUUCAAGUCACAGCCUCCAGCCAGCAAGGCCUCAGCCUGCUAUCCAAUGUAAUAUUGAAAAAUUUCUGGAGAUACUGUCUCAUGGAUGAAGCAUGAAUUUAAGAUCAGAUAUUUGCCUCAAACAUCCCAAGAACAGUAGUGAGUUCUGCAGGAUUGAACUAAGUUGCAGAGCAUUGCAAAAUUAGACAGCUCCAUCAUGGGCACUAGCUUCCGUGGUAUCCAGGACACCUGCAAGGAACAAUGCCUCAAAAAGGCAGCAUCCAUCAUUAAAGACCCCAAUCAUCCAGGUCAUGCCUUCUUCUCAUUGCUACCAACAGGAAGGAUGUACAGAAGCCGGAAGGCACACACUCAACAAUUCAGGAACAGCUUCUUCCUCUCUGCCAUCCAAUUUCUGAAUGGACAUUAAACCCAUGAACCCUACCUCAUUACUUCUUUAUUUCUGCAUUGUACUGCUGCCACAAAAGUUAACAAAUUUCACGAUAUAUGCUAGUGAUAUUAAACCUGAUUCUGAUUCUUCCGAAGUCUUAGUCAAACUUCCUUCCUUAACAACCCACAUACAAACAGCAGGCACGGUAAUUCUAACUUUAGUUGGAUCAUAUGUGUAAACUGACCACUAUUUUGCCCUGCCCAAGACAUUACUACAUUCUAUGUUUUUGUACACAGUGACCAGGUCCUAUUAUAAUAAG